CGCCGCCCGGCGCGGCCCCGGCCCGCGGCUCCGCACCCACGGUGCCCACUGAAGCGAGCCUGGCGCCCCGAGAGGAGGAAGAACCACAGAGCCCCCGCUGCUCCCGAGGACCGCUGCCGCUUCAUCCCACCCGCUCCCGCCGCUGCCCGGCCAUGGGGAGCUGCGCACGGCUGCUGCUGCUCUGGGGCUGCUCGGCGGUGGCCGCAGGACUGAGUGGCGUAGCUGGAGCAAAUUCCCGCUGUGAGAAGGCCUGCAACCCUCGCAUGGGAAACUUGGCUUUGGGACGAAAACUCCGGGCAGACAGCACCUGCGGUCAGAACGCCACUGAACUGUUCUGCUUCUACAGCGAGAACGCCGAUCUCACGUGCCGGCAGCCCAAGUGCGACAAGUGUAACGCAGCUCACUCUCACCUGGCCCACCUGCCCUCUGCCAUGGCAGACUCGUCCUUCAGGUUUCCCCGUACCUGGUGGCAGUCCGCAGAGGAUGUGCACAGAGAAAAGAUCCAGCUAGACCUGGAAGCAGAAUUCUACUUUACUCACCUAAUUAUGGUGUUCAAGUCCCCCAGGCCCGCGGCCAUGGUGCUGGACCGGUCCCAGGACUUUGGCAAGACGUGGAAGCCUUACAAGUACUUUGCAACAAACUGCUCAGCUACUUUCGGUCUGGAGGAUGAUGUUGUGAAGAAGGGAGCUAUUUGCACGUCUAGAUACUCACAUGCUUUUCCAUGCACCGGAGGAGAGGUUAUUUUCAGAGCUCUGUCCCCGCCAUACGACAUAGAAAACCCUUACAGUGCCAAAGUCCAGGAGCAGCUGAAGAUCACCAACCUCCGCGUGCAACUGCUGAAGCGGCAGCCCUGCCCUUGCCAGGGAAACGACUUGAACGCCAAGCCUCAGCAUUUCACGCACUAUGCGGUCUAUGAUUUCAUCGUCAAGGGCAGCUGCUUCUGCAACGGCCAUGCCGACCAGUGUGUACCUGUGGAUGGCUUCAGACCCGUCAAGGCCCCGGGAGCAUUCCAUGUGGUGCACGGGAAGUGUAUGUGUAAACACAACACAGCCGGCAGCCACUGUGAGCAUUGUGCUCCCUCGUACAACGACCGGCCCUGGGAGGCGGCCGACGGCAGAACCGGGGCUCCGAACGAGUGCAGAACCUGCAAGUGCAAUGGGCACGCCGAUACCUGUCACUUCGACAUCGGUGUGUGGGAGGCUUCAGGGAAUCGCAGCGGUGGCGUCUGCAGCAACUGCCAGCACAAUACCGAAGGCCAGAACUGCCAACGCUGUAAGCCGGGUUUCUACCGCGACCUCAGGAGACCCUUCUCUGCCCCAGAUGCUUGUAAAGCAUGUGCCUGCCACCCGGUCGGAUCGGCUACCCUUCCCUUCGGCUCGGUGACCUUCUGUGACCCCAGCAACGGCGACUGCCCCUGCAAGCCUGGGGUGGCCGGGCCACACUGCGACAGGUGCAUGGUAGGCUACUGGGGCUUCGGAGACUACGGCUGCAGACCCUGCGACUGUGCGGGGAGCUGCGACCCGCUCACUGGAGACUGCACCAGCAGCAGUGCUGAUGCAGAUUGGUACCACGAACUCCCUGCCUUGCCCUCUCCACACAAUAAGAGUGAGCCGACCUGGGAUUGGGGGGAUGAGCAAGGAUUCUCUGCACUCCGACACUCAGGUAAAUGUGAAUGUAAGGAACAAGUGUUAGGAAACCCCAAGGCAUUCUGUGGAAUGAAGUAUUCAUAUGUGUUAAAAAUCAAGAUUUUAUCAGCUCAUGAUAAAGGCUCACAUGCUGAGGUCAAUGUGAAGAUAAAAAAAGUCUUACAGUCUACGAAACUGAAGAUCUUAAGAGGCAAGAGGACGCUUUAUCCAGAGUCCUGGACGAACAGAGGCUGCACGUGUCCAAUCCUCAACCCAGGUCUGGAAUACCUUGUAGCUGGACACGAGGACGUGAGAACAGGCAAACUGGUUGUGAAUAUGAAAAGCUUUGUCCAGCACUGGAAACCAGCUCUCGGGAGAAGAGUCAUGCAUAUCUUGAAAAAAGAGUGCCAAUAACUAACGCCGGAGCUGUGAGCACACAACGGCUCUUCUCUGGGUCGAUACACACGUGGAACGAAAAAGACGCCUCGGAACGAACGAAACUGGAAUAUUUUUUAAGUGCCAAAAUGUAGAGGAAAAAAAAAAAUGUUCCAAAUGCCUAGGCCUUGUCUGACCUAUCUGUUCUGGAUCUGUAUUUAAAUACAGUUUUGUUUCAUAAAGAGAACUGAAAGCCCCCGGGCUGAGAGCUGCUGUCUUUGGAACUGGCUCUGAAUGGCAUAGCUAUGGAGAAUAUUUUAAUAGCGAUGUGAUACUUAGCACUCAUCCUUUAAAGGACCGUGUCCCUGACAAGGUCUCUUCCCAGCUUUAGAUAUGUCAUUGACAUUGUAUUUGAUGGUAUUUAAGGAAUUAAAAUGAGAUUUUUAGGGAUACCCCCGCCCCCCAACUCUACCAUCAGGAAAGGUGUUUCUUAAAAAGAGCCUUGUCUUGUGUGCUGUGUGCGGACUUGGGUGCGUGGGGCGUGAAAGGAAUUUCGUGUGUGUGUAUAUAGUAUUUCCUCGUGUAAAGCACUUUACCUACCACUGCGUUGUGAAAGUCUGGAGACGGCUGUCGACAGGAGGAGAAGGGCUGUGUGCAGACCUGCUGACACGGAAGUCUGGCCACUGUAGGCGGAUAGGGGCACCACGGAUAAAGAGAAUCGUGCUGCUCAGCUCAAGCCACUGGGAGAAACGCUGUAGAGAUGCGACAACCUCAAAGGAGAACAUCUGUGUGAAGUCUCUGUUUGGGGUGACAGGGCUAGACCGUUAGGGACUGGCCGUAAUGAAACUUAAAAAGAGAUAGAGAGACUUUAAAACAAGAGAAAGGAACCCUAAAUGGAGAAAUAUAAAGGGGAAGUAGGCAUUCUAUGUCAAAAAGGCUCAUUUAUUUGUGAUGCACUUGUACACACUUGGAAAAUUAUUGUAAACACAGAAUUUGUUCUAUUUUUAUGUUUAGUAUUUAAACAUGAACAUUGGACCAGUUUUCUUCCUUCUUUUAUUAACAGUACAUGGUCAUGACAUUUACGCGUUUCCUAACACAACAUAUGUGAUAGUUCACCAGAUUACUGUUUUUCAUUAUCCUUCAUUUUCUUUAUCCAGACAUAACCACGCUGCAUACAGUGUCUACUGUACUUGAAUUUACAAACCAGGAACCACAGUGCCGAAACCUUAGGUUCAUAUCCGGAGCAUAUUUUUCCCUGAGGUCCUGUGGACUCACAAAAAUAUAUAUAUGUUGCUUUGUGAAUUUGUUUUUAUAUUUCAUGUAUGUAAUAAAGGACUAUGACCUCCUGA